UUUCAACAACCCCAGUGCGUUCGUUUUUAUUCGGUGUCAACGUUUAAAAAAAAUGAUAUUCGCAUCGCAGCUAAAUGCCUAAUCGCGAAAUUGUUUACAAAAGUCAGCAGUGUCGACUGAAAACUGGAAGUUUUCGUUUUGUUUUCUGUCCGUCAAUGUGAAUGUGCCUGUGCGUGUGCCUGUGUGCGUGCACCGCGAGUGUGUUUUUGUGUUUGUCUGUGCGCUCAAAGCACACGUUAAAUUAAUUUCCAACAAGAAAAGUAUCGACGACGAUCGGAUCUGCAAUUGAUUUUGCAAUAACAUCAAGUCACUCACUGAUUAAUAAACACAAAAGAUCCCCAGAGAAGGCGGCAUAUCAAUGUCGUACAAAAGAAAAUAUUUCGCAUAGCGCAGAGAGACAACCCAUCGAGAGAGACACAGAUCUACGCCAUCUGUUCCCGAGCAGCCAGCCAAAGAUUUAAGAAGAUCACAAAUGGACACACAUUGUGACUUCAUCGAGGAGCAUGUGAAGCAGCAGCCGCUGGGCAUCCGCGAGGAGACGAACCAGGAUGCCAAGGAGAAGCAGGACCUCCUCCCAGAGGGCCUGCCGCCGCCGGCCAAUCCCUACCAGCAGUUCGCCAGCGAGGACAGUUUCGAGUGUGCCUUCGAGUCCACCAUGGACGACCUGGAGCAGGGCACCCUCGAUGGCUAUGAAUCGGACUCUGAGGCGAGUGCCAACGAGCAGAUCACGGACUCGGCCUCCUCCGGCAGUCUGGGCCAGGUGCAGCAGCGCGAAGAGCGGGCGCGGGGCCUGCCUGGACCACUCCAUGGCCAGCACAUUGACCAGGAAAUGCUGAAGUGUCUGCCCCGAUCCAACUCCUUUGACUUCCACAGCAGCAGUGGCAGCAGCAGCGACGACGAGGACGAUCCGGACGAUGAUGACGACCACGACGAGGUGCAGCACAGCCUGGGGCUCACGAUUUGCGGCAAGUUUGCCAAGGCCGAUCUCUAUUCGGGUCACCAGAGACCUGGUUACCUAUUGGCUCCGUUCAUCGAACGUCGCCGCCUGUCGCAGUGCAAGGAGGAGGACGACGAGGACGGGGAGGUUGACAAGACCCAGCCAUCGGGAGGGUCGUCUCUUGGAGAGGCCACGAAAGCGGAGAGGGCUUCGAAGGCACCGCCGCGUCCACCUACGCCGCAGGAUGAGGCCUCCAAGGAGAAGUUCAAGGACCUUGAGCGUCUGAGGCAGCAGUUCAUGCACAAGAUCGACCGGAUCAACACGCGCAACAUUGAGGAGAGCAAGGCGCCUCCGCCACCACCUCCUCCGCCGCCUCCGAUCCCGGCAACAAUUCUACCAAAGGCCCUCAAAGAGCUACUACACACGCAGGAACCGUCAGCUCCACCGGUCCCGGUCACUCCACCAGCGCUAACAUCAACUCCCAUAAAGGAGGCCGUGACAGUGGCCAAGGAAACCCCUACGACACCUCCUGUGGCCAGUGAGCCCAUAUCUCCGUUACCCUUGCCCUCUGAGCCGCCGCUAAUCAUCAAGGGCAAGUUCAAGGUGACCCUGGCGCAGGAAACACCAGAGCUGCGGGUCGAAGCCUCAAAACUGAGCCAACUGAAGGCCAGUUCCAAUGCGCACACCAUCAGCUUUCCCUCCAGCUUCGGCGGUUAUUCCUCGGUGCAGGGCCUUUUCUCGCAGCGAUACGGAUCCCAUCGCUUUCCGGCAGCCGCCCCACACCUGUCCAAGCAGUUCUUCGAGCCAUCGCUGGUGGAGAUUCGCACGCCGGCCCAGAGCAACGUGGACUUGAACACCACCGGGCUGGUACUGGGGAGCAGUACCAAUCACCAAAGCCUCAAUUGUGAUACGAAUAGUUUAGCUAACAAGCAACGAACGCCCAGCGAACGGGGGCUGGACGAGAUCUGGAUACGGCGCCAGGAUGGUGGAGUUGACUCUGCCUCCACCGUGGCACCUCCCCCGUUUCUGCAGCAGCAGCAGCAGCAGCAGAGGCCCGUUUCCUUGGGCGGGGCAUCGACCAUGCCCCGUUUGCUGAGAAACGAGAGCAGUGCCUCCACCACGAGUCCAUCCCGCCAGCUGACCAACUCGGGAUCCGUCUCGGUAUCAGUGUCGGACGAUGAGCAGGAUGGCAGCAUCGGCGGACCCAACCGGCUGCCAGGAUCCCGGCCAUCGAGUGCCCCAGCAGAGCCCAAUGCCAAGGCGGCCAAGAAGGCCUACAAGAAGAUGGAGAAGGAGCAGCGUCGCCAGGAGAAGGAGCAGUCGCGACGCGAGAAGGAGGCCCGAAAGCUGGAGCGCGAGACGGCGCGACGGAUUGAACGGGAGGCCGCCAAGCUGGAGAAGAUCAACAGGCACAGCGAGAAGAUCUCACGCAGCACCGAGCGCAUGGCUAUGGCCGGCCAUGGAUCGCGCUCCGGGUCGCUGGAGCGGCGACGGAGUGGCGAGGAUUCCCCGGUGCUCAACCAGUCGACGGUACACGGCAUCGCAUCUCCGAAUCGCCGGCCCACGAUCUUCGACGUGUUCCGGCCGCGUGCGAAAUCGGAUGCUAAGCGGCAGAAGGAGAAGCAUCUGCUGGACCCCUCCUCCGCCGACAGCAGCGCCACCAGUAGCACGUAUUCCGUGUCCGGUGGCACAGCGCCCGCCUCGAGUACCGGUGCCGGAGGAGCGACAGCCGGAGCGGGAGCAGCAGGAAGUGCUGGAGCCGGAGCCGGUGGCCUUAUGAACUCAAUGAAGGUGGCCAUGCAGAACUUUGGCCAUCGCCAGCAUCCAGCCGUGACGAUAACGAACGCCGACGGCACAGUCUCCGCCAAGAGCAAAUACAAAGACGGCAGCGCCCAUCCGCAUCAAGGCAGCGACGCGCAGUAUUACCACACGGUGACGGCGGUGAGACCCAACGCCUCCCAGCGCUCGCCCAUGACCAAGGUGAUGGAUCUGUUCCGGCAUCGCUCCAAUUCGGCGGUCAGCGAAGCCGACAAACGCAAAGCGCGUGCGGCGGCGCAUCAACAACAGUUGGCUGUUCAAAGUGCUCAUAUGCGUCGUGCAUCCGCGGAUUUGGAGAAACGACGUGCCUCAGUUGGAGCGGCCGGUCGUGGGCUGCGAGGAGAUGGAACGCUAGAUCCACACCAUGCAGCCAUCCUCUUCAGAGACUCCAGAGGGUUACCCGUGGCCGAUCCGUUCCUAGAGAAAGUAAAUCUAUCUGAUUUGGAGGAGGACGACUCACAGAUCUUCGUGAAGUUCUUCCGCUUUCACAAGUGCUAUGAUCUGAUACCCACCUCCGCCAAACUGGUUGUCUUCGACACGCAGCUGCUCGUGAAGAAGGCCUUCUACGCCCUGGUCUACAACGGGGUGCGUGCAGCACCGCUCUGGAAUUCAGAGAAACAGCAGUUUGUGGGCAUGCUGACCAUCACGGACUUUAUCAAGAUCCUUCAAAUGUAUUACAAGUCACCCAACGCGUCCAUGGAGCAGCUGGAGGAGCACAAACUGGACACGUGGCGAAGUGUACUGCACAACCAGGUGAUGCCAUUGGUAAGCAUCGGACCGGAUGCCUCCCUCUACGAUGCCAUCAAAAUUCUCAUCCAUAGCCGCAUUCAUCGCCUGCCCGUCAUCGACCCGGCAACCGGCAAUGUCCUCUACAUCUUGACACACAAACGCAUACUGAGGUUCCUCUUCCUAUACAUUAAUGAAUUACCAAAGCCCGCUUACAUGCAAAGGAGUUUGCGCGAACUGAAGAUUGGCACCUACAAUAACAUCGAGACCGCCGACGAAACGACGAGCAUUAUCACGGCGCUGAAGAAGUUUGUGGAAAGACGCGUUUCGGCGCUACCGCUAGUGGAUGCCGAGGGACGGCUCGUCGACAUCUAUGCAAAGUUUGAUGUAAUUAAUCUCGCCGCGGAGAAAACCUACAACGAUCUCGAUGUGUCGCUGCGCAAGGCCAACGAGCACCGAAACGAAUGGUUCGAGGGUGUGCAGAAGUGCAAUCUGGAUGAGUCGCUCUAUACAAUCAUGGAGCGUAUCGUCCGUGCCGAGGUGCAUCGCUUGGUGGUGGUCGACGAGCAGCGAAAGGUAAUCGGCAUCAUUUCGCUGUCGGACAUCCUGCUCUAUCUGGUGCUACGGCCGAGCGGCGAAGGCGUCGGCGGAUCGGAAAGCUCGUUGCGCGCCUCCGAUCCCGUCCUGCUGCGCAAGGUGACCGAAGUGGAGAUACCAGCUGCCACAUCGUCAACGACAACGCCCCCGCCUCGCAGUCCGUCAGCCGGAUCCGGCAAUCGCAGCCUCAUCGAAGACAUACCCGAGGAGGAGCCGACGGCGCCGACGUCCAAGAGCAAUGACGCUGACAGUGAUAACAACAAGUCCGCCAGUGAGGAUAAGGCCAACAACAAUCGGCUUGAGACGACGACGGAAGCAACAGCUAAUGGUGAUAGCGGCAACAGCCCCGUGGAAGUGUCCUUCGCCGAUGAGGCGCACGAAGAUGAUGUAGCCGCCGACCAUGUCGAGCGUAGCAAUUGUGAUGAUGACCAGGAGGAUGACGAAGAGGUUCUCGCGGAGAUAGAGCACAAAAAGGCAACCGCUGCGGCGAGAGUAUCCGAAGAGGACGAGGAUGGCCUAAGCAGCGCCGUCUCCGCCGCCUCCGCCUUGGGUCAGGCACUAGCGACGCCCGCGUCGCGAGAGAUGGCACUGGUUAGUGAAUAAACCAUUAAUUUAACACAAUCUAAACAGAUUCAGCUGCAGCAAGGAAAACAGAAACACUAAAGGAAACGGAAACAAAUGCUAAAACAAUAACUAAGAGAACCCAAAACAACAAUAAUUAUAAAGCAGAGAAAAUUAUAUUUGAA